AAAGAAACUUCGCAUUGCCUGCAACAGGAAGCCUCUCCAAAAUCCGAACACCUCUCUCACCUCUCAAUCUCUCUCUCUCUCUCUCUUUCUCUCCAUUGCUAAUGGAAUUUCGAACCGAAACUUUUGGGAUUUCAUCUCGAAACAGUUUUCCGACAUGAAUCCGAUACGCAGUCCUUGAAUUCCUCUCCCCAAACGCGUUUUCCUUUUGAAUCUCUCCGAAUUUGACGAUUUCCAUAUAUCUGUAUCUUCGGAAUACCUUCUCCUUCCUCUCCGAUUUUGACGAUUUCCAUAUAGCUGUAUCUUCGGAAAAUCUUCUCCUUUCGAAAUCUCUCGCCUAAACCAGGCGAUUCCCACCGAUUUUUGCCAUGAUCACCACAAAUCCGCUGCAUUUACUCGCUGCGGCCGCCUCCGUCUUCGCGAUUUUCAAACUAAUCGUCUCCGGGAGGUUUCUACUCUCGGUGCUGAUGCGAUGGUGGAGAUCAUUAGAAGAUCGGAUUCAUGUUCAUCAGUUCUACAAGAUACCGGAAUUCAACGACAGCUUUCGGGAAAACCAGCUAUACAGGCAGGUUUCGGUGUACGUCAGCUCAUUGGCCUCUCUUGAAGAUUCCGAUUUCGCAAAUCUUUUUUCCGGGAGGAAGCCGAACGAGUUCUUCCUGCAGCUCGACUCGGACCAGAGCGUCCACGAUUUUUUCCUCGGCGCGAGGAUCUCGUGGAAGAACGAGUCGAAGGGUGAGUCGGAUCGCUGCAGGACUUUUGUUUUGAAGAUCCGCAGGGAGGACAAGCGUCGGAUUCUCCGUCCGUAUCUCCAGCACAUACAGACGGUCGCCGAGGAGAUCGAACAGAAGAGGAGAGAGAUCAAGCUCUUCACGAACGCAGAAACUAGCGGGAUCGGGCGAUGGAGAUCUGUCCCGUUUACGCAUCCGUCAACAAUCGAGACCGUUGCCAUGGAUUCUGAUCUGAAGAACAAGGUCCGGUCCGACCUGGAGGCGUUCGUCAAAGGAAAACAGUACUACCACCGACUAGGCCGGGUCUGGAAGCGGAGCUACCUCCUCUACGGGCCGGCUGGCACGGGCAAAACGAGUUUUGUCGCCGCGAUGGCGAAAUUCCUCUGCUACGACGUCUACGACUUCGACCUCUCCCGAGUCGCGAACGAUUUCGAACUCAAAUCGCUCCUACUCCAGACAAGCGGCAAAUCGGUCAUCGUCAUCGAAGAUCUCGACCGAUUCCUCAUCGAGAAAUCGGGUAAGGUGAGCUUGUCGGGGAUUUUAAAUUUCAUGGACGGCAUUUUCUCUUGCUGCGGAGAAGAGCGUGUGAUGGUAUUUACGAUGAACAGCAAGGAAAACAUCGAUCCCGCGAUAUUGCGGCCCGGCCGAUUAGACGUACAUAUCUAUUUCCCAUUAUGCGAUUUCUCGGCCUUUAAAACUCUCGCGACUAGCUAUCUCGGCGUGAAAGAUCAUAAGCUCUUCCCGCACGUGGAAGAGGUUUUCCAGACCGGAGCGAGUUUGAGUCCCGCCGAGAUCGGUGAGAUCCUGAUGGUGAACCGGAGCUCCCCGAGCCGGGCCCUAAAAUCGGUCAUCAGCGCUUUGCAAUCCAAUGGCGGUGGGAGGGGAGCUGGUAAGAUGGGGUUGCGGCUGAGCGAGAGCGGUUCGGGGAACGGCCGGUCCGACGAUUCGGCUGAACCGGCCGGCGCCGUGCUGUGCAGAGAGAGCGUGCAUACGGUGCGGGAGUUUCGGAAGUUGUACGGUUUGCUGAGGUUGAAGAGCAGUGGGAGUAGGAAAGGGGGAUCCUUCGAGUUGGAUGAGAAGGAAGCGUCAUGAACUCAGCUGAGUCGAAUCGUUGCGAUUUGAGGGUUUCGUGCCGGUUUGGAUCGUUGACGAAUCGUUCCGGUACAGGCACGCUACCUAGGUUGGGGGAGGUUUGUUUGGUGCAAUCUUCCGGCUUCCUCGCGGGCAUACCUGUACGAGAUCCUGUUCAUGGACUAUGUGUGGCCUACCUGAUUAGUGGACUUGACCAUGACAUCUCACACGAUGAUUGGCCAGGAUCUUGUACACGUGUGCCACAUGUGGUGAUCCAUCUUACAAAUUCCUUUUUUAUUUUUGGGUUUUCUCCUAUUUUUUGGGCGGGUCUCAUGAAUUGAAAAGGUCGUGUAAAUGACAACAUUACCCUUUGAAGAAUUCUACAAAGCCAAUGAAUUCCUAGUUAAUUUUUCUGUCA